AUGGGAAUUCGGAAGUUGGAGGUACAGACCGACUCGGCAAUGGCGCUACAAUUAAUUGUAGAGGCGGGGGAACAUCACCCUCACCUUAUUUUGGUUCGCGAGGCUAGGAGGCUCGUGAAUUUGGACUGGCAAGUUCGGAUGCUCCACAUUUACCGAGAAGGAAACACCGUUGUUGAUUACUUGGCUAGCGUAGGGCAUGGUCUCAUGCCGAGAAACCACUCUAUAGACAAUCAUUGUUCUGAGUUGAACUACUGGUUGUAUUUCGAUUUGGCUAGGGUUCAGACCCCUCAUUUGGUCGUUAAUAAUUAA